GAAGCGAACAAAAUUUGUAAUGAACUGUCGGACUAUUAAAAAUCAAUUAUACAGCUGUUAUUUGGUUUUUGAGUGRUAUCAUGGCAAAGAGUAAAUACGAGUACGUUAGGAAGUUUGAACAGAACGAUAGCUGUUUGCUGAACUGCUGGAUCGUGGUGAGAAUYGACGGAAGAAACUUUCAUAGGUUUUCUGAUGCCCAUGGCUUUAAUAAACCAAAUGAUAUCAGGGCUUUAGGUCUCAUGAAUCGAUGUGGUCAAUCUGUGAUGGAUGAGUUUGGCGAUGUUGUUUUGGGCUACGGUCAAAGCGACGAAUAYAGUUUCGUUUUCAAAAAGAGUACAACACAGUUCAGCAGAAGAGCGAGCAAAAUCACUACAAAUGUGGUCUCCUUAUUUGCUGCCUCUUAUGUAUUCUACUGGAAAAMUUUCUUCACUGAUCAAGAACUGAAAUAUCCACCAAUGUUUGAUGGCCGUGUUGUCUUGUACCCUUGUGACAAGAACYUGAGAGACUAUUUGAGCUGGAGACAAGCUGACUGUCAUAUCAACAACUURUACAACACAUGUUUUUGGAAUUUGGUUCAACAAGGUGGACUGAGUCAGAGCAAAGCAGAAGAAAGACUGUGUGGAACUGUAUCCAGUGACAAGAAUGAACUUCUAUUUUCAGAGUUUGGUAUCAAYUAUAACAAUGAGCAGCCUAUCUAUCGUAAAGGAACAGUUUUAAUCUGGGAAAAUAUCAAUGCUGCCCAGGAUGAAGCUGCAAACAAGCAAAGUGAGCAAAAGUCAAAAAGAAUUCGAAGGAAAGUAACAAGUUUUCAUAUUGACAUUAUUGGUGACCAGUUCUGGGAUGAACAUUCUGAUAUUCUUGGAAGUUGACAUAAAGUUCAGGAAAUAGAAUGAUGCUAAUAUUUAAUUUGUU